UGGCUCUUACUUCCGCCUUUGAUUGCAUACUCUAUUUUCAUUGGUCGCACCCCCGGUGCAAGAAGACGAUUGGUUGCGCAAUGGACGUGACGAAGGGUCUGCAUCUACUGUACUUUAUAAUAUGAUACGUGUCAAACAGGGAUUUUAUAUCUGCUGAUAUUAUUAUAUAUUUACGCAGUAACAUUUUGCCCACUUUUACAAAAAGUGGUUACAAAAAAUGAGGGAGUUGGUUAUUCUACAUUGUUUUACUUUUAAGUGGCCCGUGAAAGAAUAUUGACGUUAGUUUGUACGUGGUUCCUCGCGCAUCUCUUGUUUUAACGUAACGUAACGUUAAUAGCUUAGUGACUAACGUGAACCUCUGCUACUCCCCGGUAACGUUGCUAAUGUGCCCUGAGGCCUUUGUCGCCACUCUGAGGUUUCCGUUGCGUUAACUUUACAUCCGUGGGGAAUGAACUGGGUUGGGGGUUCAAGAAACCGGUUUGUGGUGAAGAAUAAUGAAAAAAAGCAGAGGGACUUCUUUGAAAGAAGAAAAAUGCAACAAAAGUUGAAAAACCUGGGACUUGCUCCACCAGUAUCCCCUCGAGGCACGAGCUCCGGUAGUAUGGACCUGGUGUCCUUGUUUAUCGUCAACCAGAUCGCUGCUAAGAAAGAAAGUACAGAUCCUCCAAAAGUAGCGUUUUUUGGCGACCGUGAAGGAAGACCCAAGCAGAAGAGAAAUGGGCCCCUCGUGCUCCCAAUGAGCCCCUGCUCGCCCUCACAGCUGAGUCUUGCUGAGGGCGAUCCUCAGUAUAGUGCUCAAGGACAGAGAAAAAGAAAGUGUGCUAUUCCUCAAGCCCUCAAGUGUGGGCAGUUCUCGCAGCCCAGAGGUAUGACGGACAGUUCCCCCUGGUCUUGUGGAUCAAACCCAUCCCUCUACCAACUGGAGACCCCCACAGCAGCCAGAGUCAUUUUUAAAAGUCCAGAAAACAAAGAGUGCUUGAACCCAGCAAGAGACCAGGUCACCUUCCCUUUCAACCAAUUAGAGGACAAGCAGCCCAUUUUGGAAUUCGGCCUUAGCCAGUCAGAAACUGAGCAGCGGUAUGAUGGGGACGGCUUUAGGGGCUUCAGUCUUCGAGAAUGUGGAAGAGAAGCACCUGUUUUUAGGGGAGGAACAUCAAAGAUAUAUCUCACAGAUGAAACACCAGCCCCAUCUUCAACACCCCAGACUGUCCCUGACACACAGUCCCUGGAAGUGGCAGGAAGCAAUCACGUGUGUCUCUCCAACUGCGCUGACGAGAACUUUUCCCCAGCAUGUUUUGAGCACAGCGGGCCCCUGAAUGGCUGUGAAUGCUCGCCAAGCUACUCUUGUAGCCGAGGUUACUUCGGUUCAGACUCUGAUGAUGAAGAAGGCUGUCAGUCACGUCUUCAGGCUACUGCCUCAAAUUUGGACCAUCCCUUCUGUGCAGAUACCCUGAAAACAUUCAUCGGCUCACAGGGGAAUCCGAAACAAAGGCCCACCAAACCCGGGCCCCUGCUGAACUUUAGAGAUAAUCAGGAAGCUAAGGAGACCGUAGUGUUCCAAGUUAAAUCCUCAGGAAGUAGCAGCCAACAGACGGGAACCGACACACUUCAGCUCGCCACGCCGCCCGCUCUGGCUCAGACUCCGAGAUCCGAGCUGUGUGCAUGCCAAAAAACAGCCAACAAAACCCGAGACGCAGAAACUCAAACCGCAGAUCGCCCUGAGUCCGAGACGCGCAGCGCUUCAACCCAGUGCAGCGUUGUUGUUGUCGAAGCUGCCGUCCUCAGCUCCUGCCAGCCACCUGUCGAUGUGUCAGUGCAGCAUCCAGCCACAGGGGGGCAAACUGACACCGCUGCGAAGCCGAGGGCUCACACGCCACCUUCACACAGGUGCAGGAGUGGAGAGAAGCACACGCCCUGGACCAAGAAGCAAUCUGGGGCUGGUUCCCUGUCAGGAAGCAGCUGUACAAACAAAUGCACUGAUGACAGAGUGACCGUGCAGAGACCCACAAACCCCUUCCUUGAUCCUCUGAGCACGAGCGAUGGCAGAGAAAAGGUGACAAGAGAGGUCAGAAAUGAGAGGGGGCGACACAAAAAUGGCCGUCCGACGAAAGGCCUCUCGAAUGAAGCGACGGAGGAGGUCACAUCCUUCACCGGGGCUGACGGACCCUCAGAGGAUGCCGACACACUUCAGGAAAUAGCUGACAUUUUGCUCCUGCUAAAGCAGGGGAAGGAAGUUGCAAAGUAAAGGGAGAUGAAUGUUGGAAAUAAGCGGGAACCUUUUCAUUACUUUUAAGUGCAUGUUUUCUUUGCUUUUGAAAUUUCUAUUCAAAGCAUUUCCUAGUUUGUUUUAAGCACACAAAUAACAUAAAAUGUUCAAAGCGUUACGAAAGAGACACAGUGAAAUAAAGCUCCCAAAGCGGUACUCUUGA